AUGUCCGAUAGAUCCACGCCCCGAGGCGGAAGAGGCGGCGGCGGCGGCCCUCCCCGUGGCGGACGCGGCGGUCGCGGCGGUCGAGAAAGCGCCCGCGACGCCGGCGGCGACAAGACCGAAAAGCCCAAGAAGGAGAACAUCCUCGACCUAGCGAAAUACCUGGACAAACAAAUCACGGUCAAGUUCAACGGCGGCCGCGAGGUGACGGGCACGCUGAAGGGAUACGACGCGCUCAUGAACCUGGUGCUCGAUGAGGUCCAGGAGACCGUUCGAGACGAUGAAGGAAACGAGUCGACGCGGCCGCUCGGACUGGUGGUAGCUCGCGGCACUCUCCUCGUGGUCAUCACACCCGUUGACGGCAGCGAGGAGAUUGCCAACCCGUUUGCAGCGCCAGAGGAGUAA